AUGAUGAAUGGAGUAAUCGGAUUGACAAGUUGCGAUUAGAAUUCUCAAUGUGCUUAUGGCUGUUGCUCCUAAUCUGCAAACUUUUGUAUUUAUAAUGGCACUUGUAAAGAUGCUUUGCCAGGUUGGGCUAUCUUUUUGAUUAUCUUUGUGAGUUCUAUUAGUUUAGCAAUUAUCAUCGUGAUUUGCAUUUCUUGUGUAGGGUUCAAAAAGAAAAAUAGAGCGAUGUUGUUAAAGUAGCAAUAACUACAAAAGUUGAGAGAGAAUUAACCUGAGCGCUAGUUUGGCGAUAUGGGAGGAUUUUCUCUUAAUCAGAAAGGAAAUAAUUACUAUUUCUAAUAUCCAAGCACCUUCGUGUUUCCAAGAGAAGCAUAAAAUGUUUAGCAGCCUAUUAUCGAAGCAUAAAAAGAGAGAUUAAUUAGUGAAGAUAUCGAAGAAGAAGAGGAAAAAUCUAUGCUUAUUUGA